GAAUCAACAUCAACUACAGAUGAAGAGACAGAAUCAACAUCAACUACAGAUGAAGAGACAGACCCACAGAACAGAGAUCAGAGGAAGAGAAGAGACAGAAGUCAUGUCCAAAGUGCGGACAGCUCUCACAUGUCAGAAAGUGAGUCUACUGGAAAAAAUCCCAGAAAGGCAUCUUUGGUUAAGAAACACAAACAAUCUCCAAAAGGAAAAAGAUCCACCUUUAUAGAGUUGGGUAAAAGAAAAGGAAUUGCACACAAUUUGUCAAUCCACAUGAGAACCGAGUCUGAAAGACCUUAUGUCUGUCAAGAAUGUGGUAUAAGCUUUGAUCACUGGUCUCAAGUCACAAUUCACAUGAGAACUCAUACAGGAGAAAAACCCUUUUCUUCUAAAGAAUGUGAUUCAUGUUUUCAUGACGUAUCUAGUCUCGAAAUACACAUGAGAAAUCAUACAGGAGAGCACACCUUUUAUUGUAAAGAAUGUGAUACAAGUUUUAGUCAUAUAUCUAGUCUCAGAAGACACAUGAGAAAUCACACAGGAGAUAAGCCUUUCUCUUGCAAAGAAUGUGAUAAAAGUUUUAGUCGUAAAUCUCAUCUUAAAAGACACAUGAGAAGUCAUACAGGAGAGAAGUCUUUUGCUUGUGAAGAAUGUGAUAAAAGUUUUAGUGAAAUAUCUGAUCUAAAAAGACACAUGAGAACUCACACAGGAGAAAAGUCUUUUGUUUGUGAAGAAUGUGGUAAAAGUUUUGGUGAAAUAGCUAGUCUCAAAAAACACAUGAGAACUCACACAGGAGAGAAGCCUUACCCUUGUAAAGAAUGUAACACAAGUUUUAGUCGUAAAUCUCAUCUUAAAACACACAUGACAACUCAUACAGGAGAGAAGCCUUUUACUUGUAAAGAAUGUGAUACAAGUUUUAGUCAAACAUCAAGUCUCAAAACUCACAUGAGAACUCAUACAGGAGAGAAGCCUUUUUCUUGUAAAGAAUGUGAUAAAAGAUUUAGUCAAAGUUAUAAUCUCAAAAAGCACAUGAGAACUCACACAGGAGAAAAGCCUUUUUCUUGUAAAGAAUGUGAUAAAAGUUUUAGUUGCAAAUCUCAUCUUAAAAGACACAUGAUAACUCACAAAGCAGAGAAACCUUUUUGAAAUCAAAGUAUAAUUCAGUGGAAAUUCUCAAUCUAAGAAACAAAGGAAGAUUAUAGGUUCAAAUCAGAAUCAGUUUAAAACGCAUAAAAGAACAGAUUGAAAAUUUGAGAAAUACAGUACAGACCAAAAGUUUGGACACACCUUCUCAUUCAGAGAGUUUUCUUUAUUUUCAUGACUAUGAACAUUGAAGAGUCAAACUCACGGCAUCAAAACUGUGAAUUAACACGUGGAAUUA